CGGAUGGAUGGACAAAAGGAGAAUAAGAGGGCCCCCCAGGGGUUGUAGCCGCCUGGGAGUAUGGAGGGCGCCCGGGCGCUGGGGUUCACAGGAGGAAGAGAAGCAGAGUGCAAGAGGGGUGGAGGGGCCGUGCUGUGUAUAACAGGGGGAGGGACCCCUCCUAACAAGAGUUAAAGAGGAGGAGAAAUAGAGAUGCCAGAUGUAUCUAGAAAGGAGGGAAGGGGGCUUGGGAGAGGUAGAGUAGGAAAGGGCAUCCAACGGUCCUGGUAUGUAUAACGGAGAGUGGAAAGAGGCCCCCAAAGGCUAUAGAAAGAAGUAGAAAUGUUAGGGUCAUAUGUAGGGGUCGGGGGGACCCUUGCGGGGAAGGUAGCAGGUAGCAAGAAGGGAGGCGGAGCCCUGGGGUUUAUAGAAGGAAGACAUUUGGGGCAUCCUAGGGAUGUAUAGAUGAAACAGAGAGGAUGGCAAGACCUUGAGAGACAAAGUGUAGGAACAGGAUAGCGGAACCUAGUGAAAUGUGGGGAAUUGGGUUAGUGGGGCUCUGGGAUGUACCUAGACAGGAAGUGAGAGAGGCCCUCAGGCGUCUAGUGGGAUGGAGAUCUGGGAGUGCCUGCAGGCUGAUGGGGGGCGGGGGACAGAGGAUGCAACCUGAGCUGGGGCUGGACAUUGGGAAGAGAAGAAUUGACAGAUUAGACACAUCCGGGAGGGCCUCCAGUGUGAGAUGUAAAGGGGGAAAUAGUUCUUACUGGGGUUACGGGGAAAACAAAACAAAGAAAUUGACUUGGAGAUUGAUUGCCUCCUGGGGUGGGGGAAGGGGAGGGAAGGUAAGGUAAGUGGGAGGACCACGCCCUCAGACCAGACCUGGGGGCUGAGAGGAGGGCCUUGGAGGAAGGGAAGGUUGUGGCGGGGUUUUGCAGGUGGGGGCCAUUCUCAAUGCAGGUUGAUGGAAGCUGGGAAAUCUGGACUGGACUCAGAGUUUUUAUUUUGUUGAGCUGCCGCUCCUGAUGCUGCUGCUGCCGCCGCGGCCACCCCACCCUCGGUCCUCCUCUCCGGAGGCCAUGGACCCACCGUCCCCCAAGGCUCCCCCUUUCCCCAAGGCGGAAGGCCCCUCCUCCACUCCUUCCUCGGCGGCAGGGCCCCGACCCCCGCGGCUGGGCCGCCACCUACUCAUCGACGCAAACGGGGUCCCCUACACGUAUACGGUGCAGCUGGAGGAGGAGCCCCGGGGACCGCCCCAGCGCGAGGCGCCCCCGGGAGAGCCCGGUCCUCGCAAGGGCUACAGCUGCCCGGAGUGCGCCCGUGUCUUUGCUAGCCCUCUGCGGCUGCAGAGCCACCGUGUAUCGCACUCGGACCUCAAGCCCUUCACGUGCGGCGCCUGCGGAAAGGCCUUCAAGCGCUCCAGCCACCUGUCGCGGCACCGCGCCACGCACCGCGCCCGCGCCGGUCCACCGCACACCUGCCCUCUCUGCCCACGCCGCUUCCAGGACGCCGCGGAGCUGGCGCAGCACGUGCGCCUCCACUAAGCUCGCGACCGGGCCUGUGCUGUCCUGCCCCUCUCUGGGCCACCAAGUCUGACCCACACAGCGUCACUCCCACACACACUCCCUGGCUCUGAGGUUACUGCCUUACUCUGGGCCUCAGUUUCCCCAUCUUCAAAAGGGGAAGCAUCAUUCUUUCCCCCUCUUUCUAGCUGUGUGAUGUAGACCAAAGUCAUUGCCCCUCCCUGGACCUGGGAGCCAGUCGGAACUGGGUUCCGGUCCAUCUGUGCUGUGAGCCUUUGCAAAUGAAGUGACCUCUCUCUGAGCCUUGGUUUUCUGCUAUCUGAAGUGGUGAACCGGUUGUUGUCCUAGAGGAGAAGAGAUAACAAAAGAGCACGGGCGCGGUGUGGUUCAUUUCUGUAUCUCCCCCUCUUCUGCUCACGACCUCCACCCUUUGCUCAAUAAACAUUCCGCACUCCA